AUGUGGGAAGAUCAAGAAGAGAUUUCUUCACCAAACGAUGGGGCUGUCAGUGUGUAUAGAACAGAAGCAGUUGAUAACAAUGAUAUAAGUGAAAUUGGAUCAAAUAUGCAUCCUUCAACUGAUGACUCAUGUGGCAAUAUUUCACCAACACCACAUGACCUGGAUAAACUUAAGGAGGCCCUCAAUGAAAUUCAGUUUUUGAAAAAUGAAGUGCAAGAAGAAUGCAACAAACGGCGAAAUGCUGAAAGAGAACUGCAUUCAGCUCUUCAAAAGACCAAAGAACUGGAGAAAUCUUAUAUGAAUGAGUUAAGGCAGCAGAAGGUACUCCAGGAGAUGCAUGAAAUAAAGAGGCAGGAGAAUGAUGCAAUGAGAAGAGAGCAAGAAGAAGCAUAUGCUGCACUGUACAAUGCAAAUGAGCAGAAGGUCAGACUAGAACACCAAAUAAGUGAGAUCGAGCUAUAUGUUAAACAUAAUGAAGAUAAGUUAGCAACAACGAAACACCAACUGGAAGUGCUCGAAGCAGAUUAUGACAGGUUACAACAUGAGAGAGAUGCUGCCAUAAGGGAAGUGGCUGAACUGCAGGAAAAGAACCAGCAGAGAGUUUUAGCACCAUCUGAAACACUAAACACAAAGUUCUCUCUUAUUGAGCUACAGCAAGCAACACAAGACUUCGAUCCAACACUUAAAAUUGGUGAAGGUGGUUUCGGAAGUGUUUAUAAAGGUAUCCUGCGCAAUACAACAGUAGCUAUAAAGUUGCUACAUCCUCAAAGCAUGCAGGGGCAAUCAGAAUUCCAUCAAGAGGCAAGUAAAUCAUUCUUUUUUUUGUAUGUAAACUACAUUUUCUGUUACAUAAAGUGUAACUUGUGUUGCUAUGAUAAUCUUCCAGCUAUGUCCUUGCAGGCUUCUGUUCUCAGCACAGUAAGGCAUCCAAACCUCGUCACACUGAUUGGUACAUGCCCAGAAGCUUUUGGUCUAGUAUACGAAUUCUUUCCGAAUGGCAGCCUUGAAGAUUGCCUAGCAUGCAAGAACAACAAGCCACCCCUCACCUGGCAGACCCGUACUCGAAUUAUUGGAGAGAUGUGUUCAGCUCUCAUUUUCCUUCAUUCAAACAAACCUCACCCUGUGGUUCACGGUGAUCUAAAGCCAGACAACAUUCUUCUUGAUGCCAAUUAUUCCAGCAAAUUAGGAGACUUCGGAAUUUGUAGACUUUUGAUACAAACAAACACCUGCAGCACAACCCUUUACCGGACAACGAACCCAAGAGGAACCUUCUCUUAUAUGGAUCCUGAAUUUCUGACCACUGGUGAACUCACACCACGUUCUGAUGUAUACUCCUUUGGCAUUAUCAUCCUGCGUCUUCUGACAGGGAAACCACCUCAAAGGAUUGCUGAAAUAGUGGAAGAUGCCAUUGAGCAAGGAAACCUGCAUUCUAUCAUUGAUAACUCUGCAGGAAGCUGGCCUUUUAUACAAGCUAACCAACUUGCACAUAUUGGCUUGAGAUGUGCUGAGUUAAGUAGGAGGCGUAGGCCAGAUCUAACAGUGGAUGUGUGGAAAGUGGUUGAGCCACUGAUGAAGACAUCUUCAAUGACAGCACGGCCACUGUCAAGCACAAAUCUAUCAGAUGACACUUGCAUCCCAUCAUACUUCAUCUGUCCAAUCUUGCAGGUAAAAAAAUAGGAGCAAUAUUUCUCCAAUUGGUACCAAUCAUUAGUAUUAAAUGCAUGACCUAUUGACCAUAUGAUCUAGUAAAGCAUCACACUGAAUCACCCUAUAGCCUAUACUAAUUUAGUCUUAUGGAAUAAAAGGAAACAAAAAAUGAUCAACUCAAAGUGGAGCUAUUGCGACAGUUAAUUUGUCAUGUUUUCAUUCCUAGCCAUGCACCAAAAUUUGAUACGAUAAAGCAGAACACAGUAGGGAUAAACUUACCAGCUC